AACGUAGCAUUUGACAACAACACUCUAUGAUCGGAUUCUCUUUUGGAAAUUUUGACCUUCUUUGGCACUGAUUGGACGUUUAUUCCACUGGCGCUCUUACCUCUCAAAUUUCUGAUAUUAUAACGAUUUACGACACGCUCGGCGACCCAUUAUGGCUCCGAAUCGCAUCAUCAUUGAUACCGACCCGGGCGUCGAUGAUGUUCUUGCUAUUUUACUCGCUCUGUCUGCUAAACCGGAAGAGCUCGAGGUGCUCAUGUUGUCGCUGACCUUUGGCAACAUUGACGUCGCCAACUGCCUCCGCAAUGCUGUGACCAUGUUCCACGUCCUCGAACGGGAAAUCAAAUGGCGACAAGAACAGGGCCUGCCAACGGGCUUUGACACAUUGAGAUCCAAAAAACCGCUUGUCGCAGUUGGCUCAGAAGAACCUCUCGCAGACCAGAGAAUGAUGGCCGACUACUUUCACGGCACAGACGGUCUCGGAGGCAUCCACUUCAGUCACCCCCAUCUGACUCCCGCAGAGACAUGGAAAGAGCUCUUCAGUCCUCCCCGAGCCGGCGCAUCAGCCGCCGAAGUUGCCGCCGCUCGAGACCUUGCUGCUCCAAACACUCUCUUCGAGCCGUCCACCGUACCUGCUCCAGACGAGAUUCUUCGCAUCUUGCGAGAAAACGAGCCCGAUACCAUUACCAUUGUGGCCAUUGGACCGCUAACAAACCUUGCCAAAGCAGCGGCAAAGGACCCCGAAACCUUCUUGCGGGUCAAGGAGGUCGUAGUCAUGGGCUGCACAAUUGAUGUCGAGGGAAAUAUUACUCCAGUCGCAGAAUUCAACACAUACGCGGAUAGCUAUGCUGCGGCGCGCGUGUUCGCACUAACCUCUCCUGCUCCCUCCACCACAAUGCCUCCAGCCAUGCCUCCCUCGACCAAACGCAACGAUCCCUCUUCCCCGUCCCCACCCCCGUUUCUGCCGCCCUACCCGAGCUCUCUCUCGCGUCAACUCAAAGUCACCAUCUUCCCACUUGACAUUACGACCCCACACGUCAUUACCCGCGGAGUAUUCGACUCCAUGAUGCAACCGCGCGUGGCCCAAGGCUCCCCACUCGCCGAAUGGGUCAGUCUCUUUGUCGAAUCUACCUUCCGCAAGAUUGAAUCGCUCCAAGAAGGCGUCCCUGAAGGCGGAGUCACGACGGGACUUAGCCUGCACGACCCGCUCACAGUCUGGUACUGCCUCGCGCAGUCAUCGCCCGCGUGGCUGCUCAGCCCAAAUGGCCCCGAAGACAUUCGUGUCGAAACGUCCGGCCAAUGGACUCGCGGCAUGUGUGUCGUGGACCGGCGAAACCGCCGUAAGCGCCCAGACGACGGCGAAGGCGGCGAAAUCCCCAGCGAUACGGGCAACUGGCUCAAUCCUCGCGCGGGUAAUCGGAUUCGCCGCGUGAUUGCCACACCUGGGGAGGAGGAAUUCGGCGCGUACAUGCUCGGUCGUAUUCUCAGUUGAUUUGUCCGUUGUAGUUGCAUCUCGAUGUAAAUUGUAACGACUUGACGGUUUAGAUAGAAGUUUUUAUUUUUCUGCGGCGAGCUUGCCUUGUAUAGUCUGGCGAGCGUAUACGCCCGUUUUAUAUACAUCCACUGUAUUCCGCCCGGAAGGACAGGGGGUUUUACUAUACACGGAAACAUCAC